CACGAGCCUCAUUCACUAGAAGAUGGCGGACUGCGCUCCACUGUUGGAUGAGGAACUCUCUUCGUUUGUCUUCAAUUACCUGACAGAAAACUCCUGCAGCCAGUAUGGGGAGGAGGAGGUGUGUUCGGACCGCCUGGACUCGGACUUCCCUGACAUAGACCUGUCUCAGCUGGACCCCAGUGACUUCGACAGUGUGAACUGUCUGAGUGAGCUCCAGUGGUGCAGUGACCAGGAAGCCCACGCCUCCCCCGCCUCCAUACACUGCAGCUCAGCAGACCAGCUCUUCCAGAUCGAGGAGGAGAAUGCCGCGCUCCUUGCCGCCCUCACAGAUUCCCUGGAUGGGAUGGUGGACGCAGAUGGGAUGGUGGAUGCAGAGGUAGGGGGUCUCUCCGUGUUUCCCGCUCUGGAGGAGGAGCCAGACUCGGACCAGGACAGUCUGCCGCUGAACCAGGACUUCAACCAGACUCUGGACUCAGAAGAUCCCUCCCUGCUGAAGAAACUCCUGCUGACUCCUCCCAACGUGCCCACAGGGAUCGAAACAAACAAAGAUGGCAUCCACAGUCAUCGCUAUAGCAACAGGAGCCAGCGACUGGUCAAGCCUCUGGUCAAGAUCGACCUCCCUCUGGAGCGCAAACCCCGAGCGGUCCGCCCCUCCAGCCGCCUCUGCACCGAGCUCCACCGCCACCUCACCACGUCCGGUCACCGCGACAACCAGGACACUAUCGCGGCCGUAUCCGAGGACGACGAAGAGGAGGAAGAGGAGGAGGAGGAGAGCGAGUCCGAGGAGGAAGAGGAAGAUGAUUCUUCCAGCAGUGAAAUCGAAGGAGCUAGCAUACAGGUGCAAGUUGAACCAGCGAAACCGCAGUUCAGCUCGGAAAAAGAGCUCCAGUCAGUUGUGGAUCUCAUCACUUACAUGCACACGUACUGCCUGCCCUCGCGCAAGCAACAUGGAGGAUGGGAGCGCCGAGAUAGAGACGCUCAAAAGAACCGAUCUCGCACCCAAUCCUCCAACCAAACGAACUCUCACACGCGGGUUGUGCUUGUGGCUACACCCGGGACUAACCUGUCAACGGGGCAUGCUAGUGGAACUGCUAAUGCUAAUGCUAACCCCAAGAGGAUUCCGUUUGCGCGGCGAAGGGAGGUCAAAGCCAAUUCACUUUUGCGGGAGCUCUUGCAGCAAACUAGCUCCUACGACGUGAGCAAGCCUUACAGACUGCACAGCCCGCCGUAUGUCCAAUCUUCCAGCCCGAACAGGGGGGCAAGCGCUACUCCUGCCCAGGCUAAGUCAACCCCAAGCUCCAGUUCAACUACCACCCCCAAAGUUGACAGUUCCUCCCCAGACAGGAGUAGCUCUUCCAUGGAUAUUUCGCAGGACACCAUUGCAGAGGAGAGUGGAUCCUUUUCAGUGCGGAGGUCUAGACGUUUAGCUUCUUUUCCCAGUCGUUUCGCUAAAAGACAUCGUCUGACCCGGCCAGUCGCGGUGGAAAAGAGGGAGGACAAAAACGAGGGCAAGUUGGCGGCUAAGCUAACGCAAGCUCCAGAGAGUUCAACAGCAGAGACGGUUCUAACGGCAACGGACAGCAGCACCAUGGCAACGGAGCAGACCCAGCCGUGCUGCCACCAUGAGAAGCGAGCUUGCCUUUGUCUGCCUCUGAACCCCAAGUCCACAGGAGAGUCGCAGUACAGCACCAAGCCUUUUGAGCCGACCCUCAGUGUGGACCUGUGUGGAACAGCAGGCUUGACCCCUCCCACCACACCUCCUCACAAACCAGUGGAGGACGAGCUCUUCAAACCGACGGACAGCAACAAAACCACGACCGCAGGAACAGGAAGUGAGGGCGGCGGAGGGGGCGGGGACUCUAUAAACCUCGCCUCCAACUCCAGCAACAACUCCCCCUCCACAGCUGUCCCAAAACCUUCAUCCUGGCUGCGUGGCGCCCCCAACAGGAAGCUGCCCGAACAGACGGAGCUCUACGCACAGCUGAGGCGAAUGGGCCAGGCUGGAGAGGACACACAGAGGAGCUUUGGGGACCACGAUUACUGCGCUCUGAGUCUGGGAGAGAGCCGGAAACGCAGCGCCGCCAUUUUGGGAGCCAUGCUACAGGCGCAGACGGGGAAAGAGGAGGCUAUGAGCACGAAUGAGUCUGCAGAAGAGGAGGCGUCAGUGGAGACCAAGCCCCAGGAGGAGAGCAUCAGCAUGGACUCUGAGCCCAGAUCGGUGCCUCCGAUUCGGGAUGAGUGUGUGGACAUCUCCCACUCUCCUGCUCCAGAAUGUCAGUCCUCCACUCCCCCAGCGUCUGAGGAGGAGACCGAGCAAUCACAGUCCAGAUCCCCAUCUCCACCUCUGCAUCUCUGCCCCGACUCUCCAUCCAGCAAAACAGACUCAAGUGAGAACUCUGAGAUCUGUGUGGAUGAAGCCGAGAGGAAGGAAGCCGCGUCUGAUGAGGACAACUGCCAGGUGUUCUACAUCCACAACCUCCCAAGCAGCGUGACCCAAAACAUGCUGCGCAAACGAUUCCAGGUUUUCGGGAAGGCCGAAGACUGCAAAGUCAUCAUCUGCAACGAUAGGGAGAGGUGUGGCGUCAUUAAGAUCCGUCAGAAUGGAGGCCAGAGGCAUCGGAGAGAAACCGUGUUCAACAGCGCCCCCACAGGACUGAGGAGGCUGACCCGAAAACGCUACAUCGACCUCGACGAGGCCGGUCCUGGUCCAGUGAAGAGCAAAUAUGACGCAUUGGAUUUCGACACUCUGCUCAAAGAAGCCCAGAAGUCCCUGCACCGCUGACAGUACAGCGCCCCCGCCUGGCCAGCCUUAGUAAAACUGCAGCAGCCUCCUCCAAAAGAGAACGCGUCUUUGCUCAAACACGGGGACUCCUGACUCCUCCAUGCAAGGCGACCUCGCUAAUGUUUACAUUUUUACCAUUGGAAGUAAAAACGGACCUUGUUUUUUUUGUUUUGUUUUAGUUUUUUGUUGCUUUUAGUUCUUUCUUUCACCGGAGGAUACUGCUUAUAAUUGAGGAAGCCACUCGGAGCCCAAAAGGAAGACGAAAAGGAGGAGAGUGACUUUUUAAACAGAGCAAUGGUACAAACUGCUGAACAUUCAAUAACAGAAAGCUGCUUCCUGUCUGUUCUGGUGUCGUUUUAGCCGCGUCUUGGGUAAAUUUGGGGCGCGAGAGACUUGCGUAGCAGACCCUUUGCUAGCCCUGCGUCGCGUUGGUCGUCGUGAUGUGUGUUAAAGCGUGUGCGUGUCCUAUGUUUUCUUCGUUUUGUAUAAAAAAAUUAAUAAUUAAGGAGUUAUUCUGGUCAAAAACGUGGUGGAAACUCGUCUCUGCCAUGAAGUUCGGUCAGUCGUGCGGUUGUGUAAUCGGAAAAAAAAACAUGUAAAAACUCAAGCUUUGUUUUAGCAAAAAAUUGUGUAUGUGAUCAAUUUUAAAAUCUGUCGUGUGUGUGUUAUGGACAAAUAAUAUAACAACAUAACAUUUAAUCAUCUGACUGAUAAAAGUUUACAAAUUGAAAAUGAAGUUGAAAAAAAAAUCAUGUUAUUAUUUUGUUUGUAAUUGUAGUGCUUCCUUAAUUUAAUCUAUGCACUGUACGGAGCAAAACGCCUCCGCUGUCCUCCACUCUCCCCCUUCUUCACGUUAAUCCGCCAUGU